AUCAUCCAAGACUCAGAGCGUACGGGGGUUAUUCGCAUGUUCGCCACUGGGCGCUUCUCGUCCUCUGACUUUCUAGUCAGAUUUUAGGCUCCUUGAAUUCAAAACCCAGGGUUUGACUUAGAGGUCGGUAUCUUCGCGGUCUCAGAGGAUUGGCUUCUCCACCUCGGUCUCGGUGGAAUGUUCCGGAAUGUACCACAGGCGAGAGGAGCGACACUUGUACAUUCGUCCAGCAUCACAGACCCCGGAGUGGUGGGACAUUCCGGAAGCUACCAACAGGAGGCCACAAGGCGGUGGUGUGGCCGCGCAUCAUCACCCGCCCCGUGGUUUGUGAUGGACCGUUACGGAAGGUGUGAAUGCGCCGUUUAGGACGUCCUGGUUACCCGUGGUGGGCCGCGGUGGAACGUUCUGGAAGGUGCCAUUUUGUGCCCGCAGGGGGGCGUGACGGACCACGGCUUCCUGUGCGUCACGUCCGGCUCCCUCCCCGCCCACCAAUGUGUGUCCCAAAUCUAAAAACCCUUAGGAUCUCUGCUAGAGGACUGCGAGAGGGUUCGAGGCUCCAAACCCCUCUGAGUGAAGCUGGUCGGCCCCGAGUCGGCUGCGUGGGGAAGCUGGCUGUGUCUUUCGUGGGCGGAAGCGGAGGCUCUGCAUAAACUCCAGGGGCAGCCUCAGAACUGAACCCCACCAGGGACCGGGGCGCCCGGUCCUGCAGUCAGCCCAGGUCAACUCAGGGGCCGUUGGCACCGGGCGACCAGGUGGCGGGCUUUGCUGGUCUGGACGCACAGCCUUUGCUUCAGUACUUUGCUGGAGACCAGCAUGUUGGAGUCAACAUUCAUGCAGACCAGGACUGCUGUCUCUUCCUCCAGCCGUAUCUCUCUGUCUGGGCAGUUGCUUUGAUCCAUGUGGACUAUUUUUGAGAUUCAUUCCUCACAAGUGCCCUCAGCAUGUCAUCAGCAGCAAAAUCCCAAGUGCUGGAGGAGACAGCACCCAGCUGCGAAGAGGAGCCAAAGGGAAAACCACUUCUCACUUGGGGGCCUCUUUUUGGUCACCGGAGUGAGAAGAUUGUCUUUACUAAAGGUGAUGGCAGCCCAGAGGAGAGCCUGCUCACUGUUACCAUCACGGAGACUACUGUCAUUGAGUCGGACCUAGGUGUGUGGAGUUCAAGAGCUCUCAUCUACCUCACACUGUGGUUCUUCUUCAGCUUCUGUACGUUGUUCCUCAACAAGUACAUCCUGUCCCUGUUGGAGGGAGAGCCCAGCAUGUUAGGUGCUGUGCAGAUGCUGUCAACAACGUUAAUUGGAUGUGUUAAAAUAUUUGUUCCUUGCUGUUUAUAUCAACACAAAACCCGGCUCUCUUACCCACCCAAUUUCAUCAUGACUAUGCUCUUCGUGGGCCUCAUGAGGUUUGCAACGGUGGUUUUGGGCCUGGUCAGCCUCAAGAACGUGGCAGUUUCCUUUGCUGAGACAGUGAAGAGCUCGGCCCCCAUCUUCACUGUGAUCAUGUCUCGGAUGAUUCUGGGGGAGUACACAGGGCUGCUGGUCAACCUGUCCCUCAUCCCAGUCAUGGGAGGACUAGCGUUGUGCACUGCCACGGAAAUAAGCUUCAACAUCUUGGGGUUUUCAGCUGCAUUAUCCACCAACAUUAUGGAUUGUCCAUUUGCAGAAUGUUUUUCAAAAAAGCUUCUCAGUGGGGACAAAUACAGGUUCUCGGCCCCGGAACUGCAAUUCUACACCAGUGCUGCUGCUGUGGCCUUGCUGAUUCCAGCAUGGACCUUCUUCAUGGAUGUUCCUGUGAUUGGUAGGAGUGGGAAGAGCUUCAGCUACAGCCAGGACAUCGUGCUGUUGCUUCUGACAGACGGUGCCUUGUUUCACCUUCAGAGUGUCACUGCAUAUGCCCUGAUGGGAAAGAUCUCCCCUGUGACUUUCAGUGUCGCCAGUACUGUGAAGCAUGCCUUGUCUAUCUGGCUCAGCAUCAUCGUUUUUGGAAACAAAAUCACCAGCCUGUCUGCCAUUGGCACCAUCCUUGUCACAGUGGGUGUCUUGCUCUACAACAAGGCCAGACAGUAUCAGCAGGAGACUAUGCAGAGUAUGGUCACAGCUACCAGCCGAGGUUUAGAAGAUAACACAGAGCCUCUGGUUCCCCUGGACUCUAGACAGCACCACUGAUCACCUGAUACUGCGUCCAGGCCUAGAAGGUCCUUCUGCACUCCAUGCUGGAACAGAGAGGGAAAUGGUGCAUGGCAGGUCUCUUGCUCCUUCCUGGAUAUUAGAUGGGGGGAUUUAGGAAUCAGCUUCUGCCUGGCAGAGCCCUGAAGGAGGAAUCAAACGACCUACAGCUCCCCUGGCUGCAACUGAACCAAUAUCUUAGUGCCCAGCCUACAGUUGGGCCAAUGUCUCAGUGGGGCCAACCGUGGAAUAAGCACCAACCUGAGUUACUGGCUGCUUGAUGCCAUCCAGGAGACUUAAACUUUUCUAUGACCACCACCACCGGCACUGAAGCCUCUUAGUUCUUGACAGUCUGUGAAACAGACAUUCCAGAUGCCAAUGACUCUAGCAUAGAGUCACAAAACCCUGAGAAACCAGAGUUGCAGACAGAAUAGACAAGUGUCUCCUGCCAUGGAGGGACAAUGCCAUGUAAAGGAAAAGUGUCCCCUUCUUGGUUUAUGCUACACUGAACUCCCCUGCUCCGGGGUUGUCCCAUGUGUCUGUUACUCAUUUGGUGAUUGCCCCACUCUGGGAAGUUAGGGACAAAUCUCUAAUUGAAACAAAUGUUCUGGAAUGCUUUUCCAUUUCAAGUAUGAUGAAUGUGAAGUGGGCUGCUCUGAAUGGCACAGUUGGCUACCCUGUGAAGAUUCCCCUUCAGGAUAAUAGGGAUGUUUUGAAGAGCAUUUGAGUGUUUACAGACUAUGUUUUAGUUAAAGGAACACUGCUUUUUGACAAAGCAGUUGCCUGUAGAAGUUUCUGGAGUAUCUGCAUGUAAGGUACAUCGAAGUCUACACUCACAGCUGGCUCUUCACCAGGGAUCAUAUGAUGAUUGCCAGAGCCACGAGGUGCCCAGAGCUUAAGGAAGAAUGGAAGACAACAGUAGGGCCUUGGGAGUGAGACACUGAGGUUCUACAUUAUUCAUCAUUUCCUGAGUUGUGUGUAGGGUGCAGUAUGUUGCCAGCCAGUCUUUAAGACUCUCUCCAUUACUUAUGAGCUGUAGCCACUGGCACUUCUUGUCCAAGUAUCACUAGUCCUCCUUGCUGUAAGUCUUAUGUGCCCAUGGUGGUUCACUGGUUUCAAAGUUGGCUUCUUACCUGGAAAGUAUGAAAAUAGCCCCUCAAAGAGAUAGAUUGGGGUGAAAACGAGCAAUAAUUAUGUCUACGUUUUAUUUACUUGGUAAAGUCAUCUGCCAUGAUGAUGGACCAAAAUGAGGCCUUUUAAUCUACAUGCCACCUUUUAAAAGAAGCAGCCUGUGCUGGAUACUGGCUAGGUGUAUCUUUUCUAUGCUAUGUAAGGCCACCCACCUCCACUGUGAAGAUGUUCUCUCAUUUGACUUCACCCAGGUUUCUAGUUCCUUCCUCUUUGCUCUUAUCAAAGAUCCAGUGGAGGGUAGAUGACAGAUGUUGGAUUAAUCUGUGUAGUAGACAUGUCUACUCAAAAUUUGGCUGUGGAGCUGCUGAUACAGAAGAGCACACGCUUAUGGGUGUUGGUUGGAAGAUCUCCUCUGGCCUUCCCCCAGGCCACAUCCAAGUAUGCUCAGAGCUCCACAUGUCUGGCUUCUUACUAUCAUUUGGAAUUUCUACCUGUGUCCUAUGUGUAAUUAGGAAAUGGCCUAUUGUGACUGGCCAACCCUCCUCUACAUCACCAGACUCAGCUUGUUUUGAUUUUCUAAGUUUUUGGACUAGAAACAAAAAGAUUUUUCUUAAAGCUGCUUUGGGGACUUGUCCUCACGGGUGGAAAGAUCAUGGAAUCAGCCACUUCCAGGACAGGGCUGGGUUGAGAGUCCUGGAAUGGCCCUGCUUGACCAUUUGUUAUGACCAUACCAUAACAAUAUUUUUUUAAUUAACUUUGUUAGUACUUUCAUAGAAUACUAUGUUCUUCAUAAAUUGUUACUGAUGUACAUGUACAAAUAUUGACACCACGUGUCAUUCUAUGUCCUGGAUGAUUCCUCCUGAGUCUGUGUCAUUGUCUGGUCUGUUGUAAACAGAGCACUGGAUGGACCUGAGCCAGCCAUCUGCUUACUCACUACACACACGGAAAAGAUAAAUACACCUCUCCCCCCCCCCUUUCUUUUUUUUUUUUUUCUUUCUUUUUUUUUUUUUUUUGGUCUUUUGAGACAGGGUUUCUUUGUAAAGCCCUGGCUGUCCUGGAACUCACUCUGUAGACCAGGCUGGCCUCAAACUCAGAAAUCUGCCUGCCUCUGCCUCCCAAGUGCUGGGAUUAAAGGUGUGCUCCAACACCGCCCGGCAGAUAAACACAUUUCUAAUUUCAAAAAUACUUCUAGGGGAUAUAGAGAUGGCCUAGUGGUUAUGUUUCUUGCUGAGGACCCAAGUUCAGUUCCCAGAACUCAUGUACAGUGCUUUAGCAACUUCUUAUAACUCCAGCUUUAGGGAUUCUAAUGCCUCUGGCUUCUCUGGACAUCUGCACUUGGGCUCAUGUAUGGAUAUAAACACACACACACACCUUAAGUACAUUUGCUGGGUGGUAGUAAUACAUGCCUUUAAUCCCAGCUCUUUGGAAGCAGAGGCAGGUGGAUUUCUGAGUUUGAGGACAGUCUGGACUAUAGAGCAAGUUCCAGGACAGCCAGGGCAACAUAAAGAAACCCUGUCUUGAAAAACCAGAUAAAUAAAUAUUUUUUUUAAAACUUUCAUGAUUUGGGGUUUACCUUAGUGGCGCAUCACUGCAGGCAUUGUGAAGCCCAGAAGCAGACAUCUGAAAGAGGGAUAAAGGAGAUACAACAACAACCAAAACUUCCACUACUAAAAGACAAGGAACAUUUUUUUUUAUUGUUUUAUAUGCAUUGGUGUUUUAUCUGCAUAUGUGUCUGUGUGAGGGUGUUGGAUCUCCUGGAGCUGGAGUUACAGAUAGUUAUGAACUGCCAUGUGGCUCCUGGGAAUUGAAUCUGGGUCCUCUUGAAGAUCAGCUAUCUGACCAACUGCUGUUUUGUUUGUUUUUAAACCAGGUCAUGAUGGCACAUAUGUAUAAUCUUAGUACUUUGGAGAUAUGAGACUACGUAGUGAUUCAAGGCCAGUUUGAGCUACAAAUUAAGACCAAGUUUCAAAAAAUAUUAUGAUCAUACUUUCUCAAAUAUUAGGAUUAUAAUCCAUCCUCAGGUGGUGGUGGUGGUUUACACAUUUAAUCCCAGAGCUCAGGAGGCAGGUAAUUCUUUGUGAGUUUGAAGCUAGCCUGGUCUACAAAGCCAUUUCCAGGACAGCCAGGACUCUGUUACACAGAAAAACCCUGUCUCAAGAAAAAUUAAAAAUGAUGAAUCAGAGGAUAUUAAAGAUAAUAAAAGCUGCUUGAGGAAUUCAGCCAAGUAAACUUUACUUUGUGCCUUAUAAACAGCAUAAAACAAGUGGCUUUGUGAUCCUGCUCUCAGAUGGUCACUUUGCUCAGUGGAGAUAAUAGAUGUCCAGCGCAACCUUUCAGGUCUGUCUAAAUGAUGUCUGCUUAACAUUGGAAAAGGGUAAACAAAGAUGCAACCACAGAUGGGAAACCACUCCGAUUCCUCCUGAGAUUGCUUUUACCUACGUUACCUAUACUGUCCUUGAAGUCCUCAAACUCUAGAUCCUUCUAAUUCAACGUUCUUAGUACUGAGAUUACAAGUAUGCAUCCCGACUCCUGACUCUUCCGCCUUUGAGCAACAAUCUUUUGUUUUUCCUUAACACAUAAAUAUUGACCUGGGGGUGGGGGAGGUGGGUCUUCAUCUCUUAAUUUCCCAACCCAUUGGUUGUUGUGCUAGGGAUAGAACUCAGGGCUUAAGGAAUGCUAGGCUGCUGUUCUUUCUCUGAGACAUGGUCUCCAGCCUGUUUUUCUUAGUUUAUAAAUGCCUUUGCUCUCCCCAUGAAUUAGAAUAGGACUUGCUGAUUGUGGACAAUGGUACCCACCACAAUUCAGAGUGUAGUAGGUUUUAACUUCAGUGUCUCUGAAGUAUGUUUUCCUGGGGACUUUGAUCCUGACUUUGGUAGCUGUUGGACCCUUCCUAACAUGUCCAAGUUUAAUUUGAAACAGAUGAAGUUGGCAAGUUGUGAGUUUGUGGGGUUUUUGUUUUUACUUUUCAUUUCUGGGACUCAAACUGCAUAUUAAACUCAUUUGUAAUGUCCAGAUUUGGAGAUAAUUGGAGUCUGUGUUUGUUCAGUGUUGGCACUUUGGAAGAGGCCACAGUUUAGGACGGGUAAUCGUCUGCAUCAAAGCCAAGUCAUAUUUGCUUUAUACCAAACAAUACUAUAGGACUAAAACACAUCAUAAAAUGUAUACUGUUUUGUAUUUCACCUCUUUCAGUAUUUAAAUAAUUAUAUUAAUGCUUCCUAGAAAAGAAUUGUUAGAUAAUUCAGUGAUUGCUGAAAUAAAUUUGUAUUGUGUAAUUAA